CGUAAUGCGUUUAUGACCGUGCGUUGAAAUGCGCUGGACACGGCGGUUAAGUACAUCGCGGUCAAUUUUUGUGAACGUUUUACGACGGAUCCGCACGGUGGUGUGUGUCGUACAGCAAAGAGGCAAAACGCAACCGUACCCCAUCCACACCGCAAGUGAUAAUUAUUUGAUAACGAACGAAUCGCGGUUCGCCGACUGUUCGCGGUCUGCGGCGAUAAGAUAAUGCUGCUCGACUAGAAGAGUUUGUACGAGAUUUAUCCUUCUCUCGUCUCUGGUCGGUAGAGUUGCGGGUGUUUUACUUGCUCAGUGUGUUGCUUCUUUCAGAACGAUUCGUUUGCCGAGAUCGAUUACCUCGCGGUCGGAAAAAAACCCCAUUCAGAAAUUGUGUUAACCAUUUAGCAUUCAUUUAUUUAUGGUUUCAGUGGUCAGUCCCGUCGCUGCAGUUGGUGGCGUGAGUGUGGUGGUGAUUGCUGCUGUGUUUUAAAUCGUCUGGAUGACAACAUACGAAAGCCGAGCAGUUGUGCAGUGAAUGUUUGCGCUUGUUCGGUAGUGGAAUGAAGUGGUGAUAAAACUACAGGGAAACGGUUCCGCACAACGGUUGGGCAUUACUCCGACAGGGCGCAGCAACGGCAUCGACGGCAGCAAGCAGUGGUCCCUCCAGGGCGGCAACCAAUCGACCAAUCGAGCGGAAGGACUCAUCGAACGGCUCCAGCAUGAGUCACUGUGAUAACAACUGGAAUGUAAAAAUCUACAUCGUGACCUGGAACGUCAGUACAAAGUUCCCGGAAAACAUCUCCCUCAAUAAGCUGCUUGGGCUGGAGAAUCGGCCCGAACAGGACUCGCAUCUGCCGGACUUUUUUGUGAUCGGACUUCAGGAAGUGAAUGCGCAGCCUCAGAACACCCUGUACAACCUGUUCAAGGAUGAUCUGUGGACGCAAAAGUUCAAGGAGGUGCUGAAGGAGCGCGACUACGUUGUGAUCAAGACGGAGCAGAUGCAGGGUUUGCUGCUGUCGGUGUUUGCCCGCCGGAAACAUCUGCUCCAUCUGCGACAGGUGGAGACGGAGUACACCCGGACGGGACUGGGUGGUAUAUGGGGUAACAAGGGCGCGGUAAGCAUACGCAUGAACGUGUACGGCAGCUCGAUCUGUCUGGUGAACGCACACCUUGCCGCACACGAUCACAUGCUGGAGGAGCGCAUCAACGACUACGAGCGGAUCGUGCAGGAGCAGAAGUUCCACGUCAAGGCAAAGGAAACCAUCUUCGAUCAUGACUACGUGUUCUGGUUUGGGGAUCUAAACUUCCGACUAACGGGCGAAGCGACCACGUCCGCCGACGAGAUCCGUGCGAUGGUGGCACGGGACGAGCUGAAGCAGCUGAUCGAGAAGGACCAGCUGCUGCUAGUGCGACGGGAGGGGCGUGCGUUCGCCCAGCUCCAGGAACGGCUGCCACAGUUCCCGCCAACGUUCAAGUUCGAGCACGGUAGCAACGAGUACGAUAUGAAACGAAGGCCUGCCUGGACGGAUCGGAUACUGUACGCGGUGAACGAGAACAACUAUCGCAACGUGCGCCUCACCGCCGAACAAACGUCCUACAAGAGCCAUCCCAGCUACAGUAUUAGCGAUCACAAACCGGUCACUAGUGAAUUCACGCUCAAGUGCUCGGUCGAGGGUAGUCGGGAUGAGAACGGCAAUACGCAGUACGCUACCACCGCUACUAGCCGGAAGCUUAAGACGAUACGGCGCAAGAAACGGCAUCCCGUCGCGCUGCACACUGCCCGAACGGCGGAUGCGAGGGUGAAUCGAAAGCCACAGUACAGUGGGGAACACUUCCGGAAGCAGCAUAACAACCGGCUCAGCUACAAGCUGGCCAUGGCUAACAAUACGGACGUGCAUUCGUUCGACGAUCUCGUAACGGAUCUGAUUGAUUACGGGCAGGUGUACGAGGACACGACCGAGCGCACCGUCAGCUUCAAGCCGAUCGAGCUGUGGCUGGUCGGCGAACCGAACACGAUCGAGUACGUCAUCCCGAACGGGUUCGAGGAGGGCAACGCCGACUGGAUCGGAAUUUAUCGGGAGAACUUUACUAGUCUGAGCGAGUACCUGGCGUACGAGUACACGGAAACGUACAAGGACAAGCAGCACCAGCUGAACGAGCAGCAGCUGCAGCACAUGCAGAACACGCGCACGGUGCAGCUGACGUUCUCGGAGAACGUGAGCCUGCCGCUCGGGACGCGCUACCAGCUGCUCUACUUCCAGAGCACCGGUACGCGCGGUGUGACCGGGCUGGUCGGCAUCAGUCCCGCGUUCGGCGUCGAGAAGCGGUGCCCAUCGCCCUCGUUUGAUGAGAUCGAUUGAUCGCGACCGAAACGGUACUAGGCUGGGCGGCGGCUGGUACUACCAGCCAGCCCUUAGCCCGGUUUCGUCGGCGCCAGCGCACUUUUUCCGCCAGAACAAGCAAACCCCGGCACCCCGGUUCGGUUUGAUUAGCGUUUCCCCGUGCAUGAAAGGGAUGCCGAUAACUGUCGCGGGUGGUUUUAGAAAGUAAUGUUAGAUUACACUGUGACACUUGGCAAACAGAUGCCAAAACAAAACAAAACAAAG